AGCAUACGCUAUAUGAUCCAGGAUAUACAAGAGACAUGUCAUCAAUCAAGUACUUUUGACUUUAAAAGUCUUUCAUUCAAUCAACGUGAUAUCGUCAAAAGUGGUGUCAAGAUUCUCUUUACGUUUACAAUUCAUGUUUCAUGAAUUUGUAUUAUUAAUUUUUUUAAGUUCAAAAGAAAUUCUUUGGUCUGUGCCACUUCCUUUCGAAACUUCUAUCUGAUAAAUCAUUUCUUCAUAUGAAGCAUUAGGUCAGCUGGGAUCAAAAAUGAGUGAAUCUUCUUGGAAACAAUAUUAUGAAGAUAAUCCACCACCAUCAGAUUUGCCCAAGAUCAAGGCUCAGUUGAUUGAGUUUUGUAGUCACCAUGCUUCAAACAAUACCCGUGUGGUGUUGGUCACGUCUGGUGGAACAACAGUGCCUCUUGAACACAACACUGUUAGAUUUGUUGAUAAUUUUAGUGCUGGUACCAGAGGUUCAUCAUCUGCAGAAUAUUUCUUAAAAGCAGGUUGUGCUGUCAUUUUCUUGCAUCGUAGUAAGUCAUUGGAACCAUUUGUGAGGCAUGUUCCAGUAUCAGACCUGAUGGAAUCUCUUGUUACUGAACAAGCUGUGGACGGAAACUGGAGCAUUACAGUUCAUGGUGAUCUGUGUAAUAAAUUAGCAGAAAUAUCAAAUGAAUACAAAAGGCUUUGCGCGAAGAAAAUGCUGAUCAAGAUUCCAUUUACUACCCUAUCAUCAUAUUUUCAUAUAUUAUAUGAGGCUUCCCAUGCACUGAAACCUAUGGGCAGAAAUGCAAUAUUGUAUUUAGCAGCUGCAGUAUCUGAUUUUUACAUUCCACGUCAAGAAAUGGCAACACACAAGAUUUCAUCGGAUGAAGAGCUUAGCUUGAAUUUAAGAAUGGUUCCUAAAUUGCUUCAACCCCUUGUCCGCUACUGGGUUCCUGAUGCAUUUGUAGUUUCAUUCAAAUUGGAAACAGAUGAAUCAAUUCUAAUAAGUAAAGCACGAAAAGCACUAGAAAGGUACCAACAUAAACUUGUCAUUGGCAAUGAACUUAAUAGUCGUAAGUAUAAGGUUACACUUGUGACGAAAACAGAAGAAAAGUCGAUUAUCUUAAAUCAAGAAGAAAUCUCAGAAGGAAAAGAAAUAGAAGAAAAAAUAGUUGAAGAAUUAUUCAAGUAUUAUGAAAAACUAUAAUAUUUUUAAAUUAUUUAUGUUAUAUAAAUACUAUAUUUUAAUUAGUUAAACUGUAGUUUGAAUUUUUUUUGUAUGGGAUGAAUAUGUGUUUGAGUUUUUCAGGUUUCUACUCUGGCUGUCACACAAGUAUAUAUUGACGAAGACAUAACACCAACAAAUUCUCUUUUUCCACUGACAGCACAAAAACUUGGUUCAUAUCACCGUUUAUAAUAAGAAUUAAUUGGGACAAAUGUAGUUAGAAUGUGUUUGCUGACCCAUUUAAAAUUUUUUUGGGCUCCAUCUACAAAAUAUAGUUGCAUAAAUUUUGAAGCAGUGUUAGAAGUAGGUGGUUGUUAGUCGCAUUUUAAUACCAAAAAUUUUCCUUUGGUGUCUAAAUUUAUAAACUUAGGUGCCAAAUUUAAUGCCUUAAGUUUGACACCUGAGCUCUUCUUUCUCGACUCGUG